AUGGCCACGCGGGCCGCGCUGCGGGCGCUGUCCGGUGCCGACGGCAGCAGCCGCCGGUUCUGCGGCACGGCCCUGCUGCGCACCGUGGACCCGUCGCAGUACGAGGGCGGGGAGUGGAACGGGGACGGCAACUGCGUCCGGACGGCACCGUACCGGCGUGGCCAGAAGAGGGUCGAGGGCUUCGAGCGUGAUUUCCGCGCGCUGCAGGCGGAGGAGUUGGCGUCGGCGGCGAAGGCGGCGACGGACAGUGGCAGCAAGGUGAGGAUGCUGCUGAUGGACACGACGGAAGCCAUAUGA